AGAGCCUCCGCCCCCUCAGCGCUCUCCCGGCCCCCGCCCGUAGACGGUUCGCAGGGGGCAGGCUGAGCCCCGGGAAGGGCGCCCUAAGGGAGAGGAGGACGCGAGGCGCUGUCGCAGGGGAGAGUGACGAGCUGCCCUUCGUUGUCAGCCAGGGCCGAGCACGCGGCCACUCUCCCGCCCGGCCGCCCACGAUCACUCGUCCGCAGAGAUGUCAGCCGCCGGCGCCCGGGGCCUGCGGGCCACCUACCACCGGGUCCUCGAUAAAGUGGAGCUCAUGUUGCCUGAGAAGUUGAGGCCGUUGUACAACCACCCGGCAGGUCCCAGAACAGUUUUUUUCUGGGCUCCAAUUAUGAAAUGGGGGUUGGUGUGUGCUGGAUUGGCUGACAUGGCCAGACCUGCAGAAAAACUCAGCACAGCUCAGUCUGCUGUUUUGAUGGCUACAGGGUUUAUUUGGUCAAGAUACUCACUUGUAAUUAUUCCAAAAAACUGGAGUCUAUUUGCUGUUAAUUUCUUUGUUGGGGCAGCAGGAGCCUCUCAGCUCUUUCGUAUUUGGAGAUAUAACCAAGAACUAAAAGCCAAAGCAAGCAAAUAAAAGAGUUCCUGAUCGCCUGAAUGGUCUGGAUUGGACAUAACCGCUGGGACCUAGUUGGAUUUAUUAUUUGAUUAUUGAUAAGGUGAUGCUAACUGUGCUAAAUUUGGAAGGCAUAAAAGAAAUCUAACUGUAACUGGGAGUUAGUAGUUGAUUCAACAAAAAAUAAAGCACACUUUUAAUAAGUGUCUCUUUACAUGUGACGUAAGGACCUUAUCUAUGGAUAUUAGGAACAUUUUUUCUACUAUUUGCCCACAAUAAAUCAUACUUGCUCAUAUGUAA